AUGGCUUCGGUGCCCGGGCUUCGAGUGGUCCUGCUGGUGUCGGGCUCGGUCCUCCUCACGCUGCUCCUGGGCUUCGGGCUCCCGGUCCUGCUCAACGCGGGCAUGUGGCUGCUCGGGAUACCAGAGACCAGUGUCACGGAGUGCAUUGUGGGACUCUACUUAAUGUUUGUGGUCUCUGUUGCUAUGCCCAGGAUUCCAAGAGGAUGCAUAAAGGUGGAAGGAAAAGCGGUUCUGAUCACUGGUUGUGACAGAGGGUUUGGACUCGGACUGGCCAAACACCUGCACAAGCUCGGGUUCACGGUCUUUGCCGGGUGCCUCCUGAAGGACGAAGGAGGGGAGGGGGCCAAGGAGCUGGAGGAGAUGCGGUCAGAGAGAAUGAAGGUCCUGCAGAUGGAUGUGUGCAGCGAGGAGCAGACAGAGCGGGCCGUGGAGAGCAUCAGACUCAACCUCGGAGACACAGUGCUGUGGGCCGUGGUGAACAACGCUGGAGUGGCCUCGUUUGGAGAGGUGGAGUUCACUUCCAUCGACACUUACAGACAGGUGUACGAGGUCAACCUGAUAGGCACCAUCAGGAUCACUAAAGCUGUGCUGCCGCUGAUCCGCAGAGCCAAAGGUCGAGUGGUGAACAUAGCGAGCCUGUAUGGGAGGAUGGGGAACAUCAUGCGCUCAUCUUACUGUGUGUCCAAAUAUGGUGUGGAGGCGUUCUCCGACUGUCUGCGAUACGAGAUGAAGACCUGGGGCGUCAAAGUGUCCGUUAUUGAACCUGGAAACUUCAUCCAGGCCACAGGAGUCCUGACCAGAGACAUUGUGACAAACACAUCUCUCAAGCUGUGGGCAGAGGCCCCUCCCUGUGUGCAGGAGGACUAUGGCAAGGUUCACUUUGAACAGCAGAUGGCGCUCAUGCGCUCCUUUUGUAGCAGUGGGCAGAAGGACAUGGCCCCGGUCCUAAAUGACAUCACUGAUGCGGUCACGUCCAAAUGGCCAUACACCCGCUACUCCCCCGCGGAGCCGCACUGGUGGAUCAGGGCGCAGUUCAUGACCCAUCUGCCCAGCGCCGUCUCAGAUCUCCUGUACUUCUAA